AACGCCCCCCCCCCCGCCUCCCGCCCCCCUCGCUCCACGUCAGAGGGAACCGGGCGGAGCGGCCAACAUGGCGGAACGCAGGCGACACAAGAAGCGGAUCCAGGAAGUUGGUGAACCAUCUAAAGAAGAGAAGGCUGUAGCCAAGUAUCUUCGAUUCAACUGUCCAACAAAGUCCACCAAUAUGAUGGGGCACCGAGUUGAUUAUUUUAUUGCUUCAAAAGCAGUGGAUUGCCUUUUGGAUUCAAAGUGGGCAAAGGCCAAGAAAGGAGAGGAAGCUUUAUUUACAACAAGGGAGUCUGUGGUUGACUACUGCAACAGGCUUUUAAAGAAACAGUUUUUUCACCGGGCACUAAAAGUAAUGAAAAUGAAGUAUGAUAAAGACAUAAAAAAAGAAAAAGAGAAAGGAAAGGCCGAAAGUGGAAAAGAAGAAGAUAGAAAGAGCAGGAAAGAAAAUCUAAAGGAUGAAAAGACGAAAAAGGAAAAAGAAAAAAAAAAAGACGGUGAAAAGGAAGAACCCAAAAAGGAGGAAACUCCAGGAACUCCCAAAAAGAAGGAAACUAAGAAAAAAUUCAAACUUGAGCCACAUGAUGAUCAAGUUUUUCUGGAUGGAAAUGAGGUAUUUGUGUGGAUCUAUGACCCAGUUCACUUUAAAACAUUUGUCAUGGGAUUAAUUCUUGUGAUUGCAGUGAUAGCAGCCACCCUCUUCCCUCUUUGGCCAGCAGAAAUGAGAGUCGGUGUUUAUUACCUCAGUGUGGGUGCAGGCUGUUUUGUAGCCAGCAUUCUUCUUCUUGCUGUUGCUCGUUGCAUUCUGUUUCUCAUCAUUUGGCUCAUAACUGGAGGAAGGCACCACUUUUGGUUCUUGCCAAACCUGACUGCUGACGUCGGCUUCAUCGACUCCUUCAGGCCUCUGUACACACAUGAAUAUAAAGGACCAAAAGCAGACUUCAAGAAAGAUGAGAAAUCUGAAACCAAAAAGCAACAGAAGUCCGACAGUGAGGAAAAGUCAGACAGUGAGAAAAAGGAAGAUGAGGAAGGAAAAGUAGGACCAGGGAAUCAUGGAACAGAAGGCUCAGGUGGAGAACGGCAUUCAGACACAGACAGUGACAGGAGGGAAGAUGACCGAUCCCAACACAGUAGUGGAAAUGGGAAUGAUUUUGAAAUGAUCACAAAAGAGGAACUGGAACAGCAAACAGAUGGGGAUUGUGAAGAGGAGGAAGAAGAAGACAAUGAUGGAGAAACAACGAAAUCUUCACAUGAAAAAUCAUAAUCUGACUAAUUUGGGACUAAAGUGCAGGAGGUUGGAUUUUCUAUGUUGGCUGAUCAUCCUAAUGUACACAUUUGUAGCAUUCUUCAACUCCAUUUGCUGAAAUGUAUUUUGACAUCCAGGCAAUUAUAUUCAGUCCUUCAUUUCAUAGAAUACUAUUAUUGGUACAGUCUAAAGCCAUUUAUAAGUUGAAUCUAUUUGAUAAUUUUACAGUAAGUAGGUUUUACUCAUUUUGAUAGUUAUCAAAGAUGCGUUUUCCACAAUGAUAAUGUAGAUUAAUGGCAUUUUUGAGAGUUGUAUGGCUUUUUACUAUUAGAUUAAUCAAAAUAACUAAAAGAGAUAAACAGGAAACACCAACAUUUCAGAUUAUGCAUAGUUAGUGCUCGCUUCGGCAGCACAUAUACAGAUUAUGCAUAGUUAUAUAGCCAUUUCACAGUUUCUUUAAAAUGAAAUGCUUAAACUCCUUGGUCUUGAUAGUUAAGCUUUGGUUGAUUAUAAAAGUAUACCAGGAAAUUUCUAAGAUUCUGAGUUAGCAGGGUUCAAAGCAUUUUGUGGAAACAAGUCAACUAAUAAUACAGCAACACUUUUAGUUUAGCUACAAAUUCUCCUUUUCCAACUUAGGAAAUCCAAACUGAUUUGUACAUCUGACUCAGAGAAAGAUAGUCAUCUCCAACAUAGAAAGCAAAACAGCGUUGGUUGGAAGGCGAUGGCUCUUCUUCCAUUUCCUUGUCGUAAAGUAAAUGUAUUCUGUACAUAAUUUACAAAUAAACAUUUUAUUUUAAUUGUUACUUAUUUAGACAUUUUCUCAACACUUAAAUUUGUAAAAUUAAGACCAUGUAAGGGUAUGUUUUUAGAGAAAUGGAAGUUUCAAUAACCCACAGAACAUCUGUGAUCUUUCAACAGCAGCUUCAGUUUUGUGCCAACAUUCCAUGUAUUUGAAUAUGAGUUUUAAAGAUCCUUAUUAAAUAAGAGCAGACUUAAAGUAGCUGUUUGUACGCCUUAAUGUUCAUUUUGAUUUAUCUUAAAUCUCUACAUUCAGAAAGGAGGUACUAUAUUAUCAGAUCACGAGGCACUGCUAUGAAAGAUAAUUUACUGUUUUAAAAUACCAAUUUAAAAUAAAGAACAUGAAAGAAAACAUGAGAGAACCAUUGGACUCUAAUUGCUUUGAACUAGUUUUCAGUUUGAUUUUAUGUCUUGCAUACCUUAGUUACAAAUCUUUGGGGAAAAUCUUGUGUUUACCUAUGAGCAGAAUAUCAUUCCUUGGACUUCUACUCUUUUAAAAUGAUAAUGAAUAUUAAAUUAUUUUCCUUCAGUCACAGAGCAUUUUGCUUUGUAGUUGAAAUGGGUGUUGUGGGUAGGUCUUUUUUUCUUUCAGGCUGUUUCCCAUCUAGUGUUUGACUAAAGAUGUUAAAUUUUUCUAUUUGUGACAAAGGACAUUUUCUGUAUACUGACACCUUUUAUUAAAUGGCUUGACUGCUUCUUUUUAGUAUUCCUUCUAAGUGGACAGAAAUAUGGCUAUUUGAUGUUAACACAACUCUGUCAAGGCUGCAAACAGUCAUUUAAGAAGUUUCCUCCUAGCAAAUGUUCGCUAAGUGUCUGGGUGUUUCCCCCUCACAUUUUCAGGGCUCUACUGCUUAUUUCCCCAGUAAGAGUAUGCAAAUUACAGCGUCUGAGCGUCUUAAUCACCAGUAGCACUGAUAACCUAUUUUGGGGUAUGGUAAUGGUACCAAAAGCGUUUUUUCAAAAAUAAAAAAAUGACUUAAUUUUUACUACUGUGAUAAUACCCAGGCACUCAAUAUUUAUCCUAAAGCUCUUUAUAAUAUAUGUAGUGUGUCUAGUCUUAAAGACAUUUGGAGCAUGGCAAGAAAGUCAGCUUCUCAUUGAUGUUUGUGGAUUCUUACAGAACGUUAGUACAAAUUUUUAUAAAUAUUUGGUGGUCCCUGGGGGAAAAUAUCAUUCUUACUAUGGUUAGAAAGUGAGUUAGAAAUUUCAGCUCAGUAUCUUCUACUAUUCAAGGUUGUAUACUUUAAACAACUAUAAAAAUCAAAAGGCUGCCACUAUUAGAUGCCUCAGAAGAAUAGCUGGUUGUCUUUGUUGGCUAACAUUAAAUAUUCUGAGGCCAGAGCAUGGAAGAACUGUUUACAUUAGUCAACGAAAUGGUGAUUUUUUUUUUUUAAAGGAACUUCAAGUUUGCAAUGCUACUGUAAGUAGAAGCAUGAAGCUUUUGGAUAAUGUAUGACUUAUUGUGGAAUAGAUAUAAAUUGGCCUAACUAAGGAUUGAAUUAACCAGCUGAGUCCAAAUAAUAAGCAUAAAUUGUAUGUAAUUGUUCUUAAAGUCAAUGUAUUAAAUAGAUUGUUUUCACUUUUCCCUCCCACUAAUUUCUUUAAUUUUCCAACUAUAUGGCCUUCUAGACAACUUUAAUUGAAAUAAUUUGGAUUUAGUCAAAUACUACUCAGAAACUAAUAAAUUUUACUGUAACACAUCAAAA